CGUUCUCGGAGUAGAACUGUCUCACAAGAAGGUAAAGAGAAAUAUAAUAAUCGUAAACGUGUCUAUCGUAGCCGCUCACCUAGUAGGGCUCAGUCGAAACGUGUCUAUCGCAGCCGCUCAUCUAGUAGGGCUGGGUCACGUAGAGACUCACAUCGAUCUCGUUCCUCGCUUCGUAAGGGUUGUUCUCAGAGUAGAACUUCCUUACGUAAAAGUUCUUACUGUGCUCGACCUCGUCACCGUGAAAGUCGUUCUCCUAGUGAGACGGAUUCACGCAGAGGUAUGACUUCACCUUCUAUAAGCGUAGUUCGUUCCCGGAGUGGUUCGUUUUCGCAAAAAUCUAAGGCAUUAACACCGAACAGAUCUCCUAGUGUGGGCAUAUCUUUAUAUAGUCGAAUGAGCCUCGACACGCAUAUUACAGAGACAGACAAUCCUAUCUCCAACAGCACAACACAACCGCCGAACGGCGCGAGCGUAUCUGAUGAAACCCAAGAUAUUUUGGGACAUAACCCGGAAAAAGAUAAAAAACCGCAAUUUAUUUUGCACAAAGCGGUAGAACCUGUAUGGACCAAUAUUCUAACCUCCGGCUUACCUAAGGAAGACUUGGAUAAAAUUUAUAGCAAGUAUGAUUUACCUCAAAACGGUUUAUUUUCUCCUCCCAAAAUUAACCCAGAACUACAGCCUAGUAUGAACAAUUUAUAUAUGAUGCGAGACCAGACCCAUACUAAUUACCAAUUAGGACUAAGUAGAGUACUUUCAGCUUUGGGCGGUUCAAUUAACAGUUUGUUAGAAGGCAGUUCUGACAUUCCCAAGCCUGUGCGGGAUAAAAUUUUGACGUGUGUUGCUGAUUCAGGCCGCAUGGUUUGCAACAUUUUUCAUGACAUGUCACAGAAACGACGGCAGCUCAUUAUGCCUUUAAUGAAUAAGCAAAUAAAAAAUGCUAUAGAAAAAACCCCACCGGGGGAAUUUUUAUUUGGGCCAAAUCUAGCCGAAAAGAUACAAGCUGUCAAAUCAAUGGAAAAAAUUGGGAGAGAUAUUAGACCGAUAAACGAACCAAGUUCGUUCCGCGUUAAAACGUUACCGCCAUUUUCAUCCUUCAAAAGAAAAGCAGGAGGGGGAGACAAACCAUAUUCCACCACUUCAGGAGCGAGCAAGUUAAACUGGAGGCGCCCGUUCCACCAGAACCAGAGGAGGGAGAUGAGAACACAACAAGGGCGCUCCUCCUUUCCGAAAAAAGCACCUGUACCGAGCAAGAGGCGAUAAGUGGCAGUUCAUCCACUAUCACACCAACUUUUCCUGGUGGCCGCAAAGUUGUGUGGGACUCGUUGCUAAACAAGAAUAUUCCAGAAGAGGCUAUCUUAACCAUUUUGUCAUCGAUCACCAAAACUACCUUUACUCAAUAUAAUAUCACGUAUAGGCUUUGGUGGAAUUAUUGCCACAUACACAAAAUCUCCAUCUACGAGGCCAACAUCGGGGAUAUUUUAAUUUUUCUACAAAAAAUUUAUGACGAGCAUAAAUAUAAGCAUGGAACAAUGAAUUCCCACAGAUCGGCAUUGAACCUUAUUCUUACCAAGGACAUUGGACAAGAUCCCAUAAUUAAACGGUUUAUGAAAGGCAUAUCUCGAUUAAAGCCCUCUCAACCUAGAUAUAACAACAUUUGGGAUCCACAAACUUUGCUUUCCCACAUAGAGUCUCUACCUGAAACGCUGAGCUUGCAGCAGCUUUCAGGAAAACUGGUCACCCUAUUGGCCUUAAUCACAGGCGGCCGUUUGCAGACAAUUUCACUAAUCAGAUUGUCAAACAUCGUCGAGGACGAAGAAAAAAUCCAAAUAAAUAUCACAGAUCCAAUUAAGACAACGGGAUUAAAUAAGUGUCAACCGACAUUGUAUAUUCCUUUCUUUAAGGAUAAUAUUAAACUCUGUGUGGCCACGACACUUAAACAAUAUAUUGAUGCUACAAAGCCGUUGAGAAAAAUUAACCAGGAUUUUAUAUUCUUAACGGUAAAAAAGCCUCAUAAUUCAGCUAGUAAACAAUCCAUAAGUAAAUGGGUUAAACGGAUGCUAUCUUCAGCUGGUAUUGACACCACAACAUUUAAGCCGCAUUCAACCCGACAUGCGUCUACAUCUGCGGCUUUAAGGGAAAGAGUACCUCUGGACACAAUUUGCAAAACAGCUGGAUGGUCAGAACGAUCUUCAACUUUCGCGAAAUUUUACAAUCGCCCUAUAUCAGAUAAAACUGUUUUCGCUAAGGCUGUUUUAAACUUGUCACGUUCAAGGUAAUUAAGUUUCCUGAUUUUUAGUUAAUAUUACGUUUCUUUUGGUAUAUAUACCUACCUUUUUUGUUCCUAAUUAGGAUAAAACUUUUAGUCGCUAGAAAGAAUACGACUAGGAAUUAAACAUUUUUUAUAAUACU